CUCCCCCUCCCUCCCGGCUCCUGAACUCCAGCCCCUCUCUCUCUAUCAGCCGCUCACUCUGUCUCAAUAUGUCUCAAGAUGGCGGCCAAUGUGGGAUCGAUGUUUCAAUAUUGGAAGCGCUUUGAUUUACAGCAGCUGCAGAGGGAGCUCGAUACCACAGCAACAAUAUUGGCGAACCGGCAAGAUGAAAGUGAGCAGUCCAGGAAAAAACUCAUUGAACAAAGUCGUGAGUUCAAGAAAAACACUCCAGAGGACCUGCGCAAACAGGUAGCUCCAUUGCUGAAGAGUUUCCAGGGAGAGAUUGAUGCAUUGGGUAAACGAAGCAAAGAAGCAGAGGCAGCCUUCUUGAAUGUUUAUAAGAGAUUAAUUGAUGUUCCAGAUCCAGUUCCAGCCUUGGAUUUGGGGCAGCAGCUUCAGCUGAAGGUCCAACGCAUGCACGAUAUUGAAACAGAAAACCAGAAACUGAGGGAAACUCUGGAGGAAUACAACAAAGAAUUCGCCGAGGUGAAAAAUCAGGAGGUUACAAUAAAAGCACUUAAGGAGAAAAUCCGAGAAUAUGAACAGACCCUGAAGAACCAAGCAGAGAACAUAGCCCUUGAAAAGGAACAAAAGUUACAAAAUGAUUUUGCAGAGAAGGAGAGAAAAUUGCAGGAGACCCAGAUGUCGACAGCCUCGAAGCUGGAGGAAGCCGAACACAAAGUUCAAGCUCUGCAAACAGCCUUGGAAAAAACCAGGACAGAACUAUUUGAUCUGAAAACAAAAUACGAUGAAGAAACUACUGCAAAGGCUGAUGAAAUCGAGAUGAUCAUGACAGACCUUGAAAGAGCAAAUCAGAGGGCAGAGGUGGCUCAGAGAGAGGCAGAGACCUUAAGGGAGCAGCUCUCAUCAGCUAACAAAUCUCUCCAACUUGCAACACAGAUCCAGAAGGCACCUGAUGUGGAGCAGGCCAUCGAGGUGCUGACCCGCUCCAGCCUGGAAGUGGAGCUGGCGGCGAAGGAGCGCGAGAUCGCGCAGCUCGUCGAGGAUGUGCAGAGGCUCCAGGGCAGCCUCACCAAGCUGAGGGAGAACUCCAGCAGCCAGAUCUCCCAGCUGGAGCAGCAGCUGACAGCCAAGAACAGCACACUCAAACAACUGGAAGAAAAACUGAAAGGACAGGCUGAUUAUGAAGAGGUUAAGAAAGAAUUAAAUAUAUUGAAAUCCAUGGAGUUUGCACCAUCUGAAAGCUCUGGUGCUCAGGAUGCAUCCAAGCCGCUGGAGGUGCUGCUGCUGGAGAAGAACCGCUCGCUGCAGUCGGAGAGCGCCACGCUGCGCAUCGCCAACAGCGACCUGAGCGGGUCAGCCAGGAGAAAAGGGAAAGACCAGCCUGAGAGUCAGCGUCCUGCAACCUUGCCGGCCUCCCCUCCUUCCCAGUUGCUCCGCAACGCGGGGGAGCAGGCUUCCAAUACUAAUGGUACACACCAGUUCUCACCAACGGGUUUAAGUCAAGACUUUUUCAGCUCAUCCCUGGCGAGCCCCAGCUUACCCCUGGCCUCCACAGGAAAAUUUGCACUAAACUCUCUCCUCCAGCGACAGCUAAUGCAGUCCUUCUACUCCAAGGCAAUGCAGGAAGCAGGAAGCACAAGCAUGAUUUUUCCAACAGGUCCAUACAGCACAAACUCCAUAUCUUCCCAAAGUCCAUUACAACAAAGCCCGGAUGUAAAUGGCAUGGCCCCAUCUCCCAGCCAGUCAGAAAGUGCUGGGAGCAUCUCCGAAGGCGAGGAGAUAGACACGGCCGAAAUUGCACGUCAGGUGAAAGAGCAGUUGAUCAAGCACAAUAUUGGACAGCGGAUAUUUGGACAUUAUGUGUUGGGACUGUCACAAGGGUCUGUGAGUGAGAUCCUGGCCCGGCCAAAGCCAUGGAAUAAACUGACUGUGAGAGGCAAGGAGCCAUUUCAUAAGAUGAAGCAGUUCCUGUCGGACGAGCAGAACAUCCUGGCUCUUCGCAGCAUCCAGGGCAGACAAAGAGAGAAUCCAGGCCAGAACCUGAACAGACUAUUUCAGGAAGUACCGAAACGAAGAAAUGGGGCUGAAGGUAACAUAACCACACGAAUCCGAACCGCAGAGUCUGGCUCUGAUGAAGCCAUCAAAUCCAUCCUGGAACAAGCCAAAAGGGAGCUGCAAGUACAGAAAACAGCUGAGCCGGCUCAGCCGCCUUCUGCCUCUAGCAGUGGCAAUUCUGAUGAUGCAAUUCGAUCCAUUCUGCAACAAGCCCGACGGGAAAUGGAGGCACAGCAGGCUGCCCUUGAACCUGCCUUAAAAACACCACCUCUAUCUCAAGCUGACAUUUCUAUCCUGUCCCCCAAACUAGUGUCUACACCUGCAAUGUCUUCGGUUUCCAGCUAUUCUCCUUUGGCCAUAUCCCUGAAGAAACAUUCAUCUGUCACUGAUUCCAGUAUCUCUGCAUUGCAGAACCUCUCUGGGCUCAAAAAGGAGCCUCAGGAGGCACCUGUUUUAGAGCUUCAUGGAAUAAGUGAUUCUGCCCAGGGUAUGUUGAGGCAUGUUAAAAAUGAGUUGGGACGUGGUGGUGUUUGGAAGGACCAUUGGUGGAAUACUGUGCAGCAUGAGAGAAGAAAUGCAGCUCUUCCUGAAGAUAUAAAAGUUGAGGAAGCCAGUGGUGGAAAAGAAAAGGUCAGCAAUCAGACUAGGCCAGAUCGUAGCCAGCUCCAAGGACCGUCUUCUUCCGAGUAUUGGAAAGAGUGGCCAAACGCGGAAUCUCCGUACUCGCAGAGUUCUGAAUUGAGCAUGACUGGGGCGAGUCGCAGUGAGACACCACAGAAUAGCCCCCUCCCUUCAUCCCCUAUCGUGUCCUUGUCCAAGCCAUCCAAACCUUCGGUUCCUCCACUGACACCCGAGCAGUAUGAGAUUUAUAUGUACCAGGAGGUGGAUACCAUAGAGCUAACGCGGCAGGUCAAGGAAAAGCUAGCAAAGAAUGGCAUCUGCCAAAGGAUCUUUGGGGAAAAGGUAUUGGGGCUGUCCCAAGGAAGUGUCAGUGACAUGCUCUCCAGGCCAAAGCCAUGGAGCAAAUUGACCCAAAAAGGCCGAGAACCAUUUAUUCGUAUGCAGCUCUGGUUGAAUGGUGAGCUGGGACAGUGUGUCCUGCCUGCACAAGGGCAGCAACAAGGACAAGUCCUUCACUCUGUGACAUCAUUACAGGAUUCCCUACAGCAGGGAUGUGCAAGCUCAGAAAGUACUCCAAAGACUUCUGCCAGUUGCAGUCCUGCUCCUGAAUCUCCCAUGAGUUCCAGUGAAUCAGUGAAAAGCCUGACUGAGCUGGUACAGCAGCCCUGCCCUGCCAUAGAGACGAGUAAGGAUGGCAAAUCCCAGGAAUCCAGUGAGCCACCUGCAUCUGAGUCCCAAUCCACGACCCCUCUGCCACUCUCAGGCCACUCUGCACUCAGCAUCCAAGAACUGGUGGCCAUGUCCCCUGAGCUGGACACCUAUGGCAUCACCAAGAGGGUCAAGGAAGUGCUCACGGACAACAAUCUUGGUCAGCGUUUGUUUGGGGAGACAAUCCUGGGGCUGACCCAAGGCUCUGUCUCAGACCUGCUGGCGCCCAAGCCCUGGCACAAGCUGAGUCUGAAGGGAAGGGAGCCCUUUGUCCGCAUGCAGCUGUGGCUCAACGAUCCCAACAACGUGGAGAAGCUGAUGGAUAUGAAGCGCAUGGAGAAAAAAGCCUACAUGAAGCGGCGGCACAGCUCUGUCAGCGACAGCCAGUCCUGCGAGUCCUCGUCCGCUGGCAUCGACUACAGCCAGGGUGCCAGCCCCCAGCCCCAGCACCAGCUCAAGAAGCCCAGGGUGGUGCUGGCACCAGAGGAGAAGGAAGCUCUCAAACGAGCCUACCAGCAAAAGCCAUACCCAUCACCAAAAACCAUUGAGGAACUCGCCACGCAGCUCAACUUGAAAACCAGCACGGUGAUCAACUGGUUCCACAAUUACAGGUCCCGCAUCCGUCGGGAGCUGUUCAUCGAGGAGAUCCAAGCCGGGAGCCAGAGCCAGGCCGGGUCGAGCGAUUCCCCUUCGGCCAGGAGCAGCAGGGCGGCGCACAGCUCCGAGGGGGACAGCUGCGACGGCGUGGACGCGGAGGGCCCUCCCGAGGGGAAGCCGAGCGGCCCGGAGGCGGACGAGUUCAGCAAUGCGGCCGCCAAGUCUCAGGGAGGGCCCGCCGAGGCGGCUUUCGAGGCGGGGGAAGAGGCACUGCGAGGAGCCAGGCCCUCGGAGAGAGCGGAGCCCGAGAGCCUGGAGGACACCGACGACGAGGGCCGGCCCAGAGCGGCGCCGCGCCAGAGCUCCCCGCCGGCACCACAGCAGCGCCAGGGAGACGCUCUGGAGACACUGCCAAACUCUGCCACGGAAGGGGAUGCCUCUACCUCAGCUGCCUCCACCUCAGUCCUUACGGGGGAGAGCUCCUACAAGUCAAAAGAAAGUUCAGAGAAAAUCUCCAGUGUGCCAAGUACGAGCUCGACGCCGGGCGCAGGCUCGCAGAAAUCCAACUCUCUGCAGAGCUUGUUCGGCUUCUCGGAGGCGGCGAGCUCCAGGAACACGCGAGACAGCUCCCUGAGGAAAAAGAAAGCGGCCAACUUGAACAACAUCAUCCACCGCUUGGAGAAGGCCGCCAGUCGGGAAGAGGCCGUCGAGUGGGAGUUUUGAGAUUAAACUGGCCCAACUCGGGAGAGCUGGGAAGUCAAACUGGACCUCUACUGGUUUUAUUGUGUUCGCACUUAACCGCCCUGCGGGCCACAGGGCAAAAACGCCAUAGGCCAAGGUGCAUAUAGAAAUCAAAAAGAAAAAAAAACACAAAAAAAAAAAAGAAAAAAAAGGAGCGUUAAGCCCAAUUUAUGUUUGUGUUUUCGAGGAAGAAAACUGAAAUGUGUAGUCAAGCUUUUUUGUACCCUGAAGUGUUUUUAUUAUUGCCCUAAGUGAUUUCCACAAUUUCUGGAAUAACUCAUACAGCUUUGCCUUGUGCCCUCCUCUUUGGUGUGGGGCUUUAAAAAAAUGAAAAACAGGAAAAAAAAAAAAACUAAAAAAAAAAAUCCUUAAAAAAAAUCAAACCCACAUAUUAAAAGGGGGCUUUUUAUCUGCCAUCUAAUGGCUACAGAGCGAUAAUACACUAUUAUCUUCUUAAACCAGGAAAAAAGGGGAGAUUUUUCAAGAAAAAGAAAAAAAAAGAAAGUUUUUUGUAGCUGUUCAGUUGCCACUAAGAGAUUGCACAGUCAACCGACUCUAAACACACUAGUUUGGAUUCCUACAUAUUUUCAAGAAAAGAAAAGAAUCUUGUUGUUUGAAACUUUGAAUUAAAAAAAAAAACACAUUUACUCCACAUAUUUUUUAACAAAACAAAAAAAAAGUCACAUCAGGAAAAUAUCUUAAUUUGUGGUAGCUGACUUAGUGUUUUCUUGUAAGUGAAAUAGAAUAUUGACACGUAGUGCACAUUGUUUCAUAGCUUUAACUGAUUCUGGUCUUUUGCAGCCCAGAAUUUGUUUAAUACACUCCAUUUUAGGCCAAAUCAGGACAAAAAAAAAAAAAUCUGAAUCUAGGUAUUUUAUAAUCUGCUUUUUAACCUCUAACCACAGAGCACGCUGAUCAGACCUCAUAUCUGGGAGGUUUAGGAGACAACUUAGAAGCAGCAUGUACUUGAUCAUUUCACUUGGUUCGUAGUGUAGAGGAUUUCCUUUCAGCAAAGACAGAUCGCUCCAAAAACGUUGGCCAGUAACAUUUCAGCCUGCUACUUGGGGGCCCAGCCCGUAUCCCCAACAUUCAGCUUACCUGGAAUCCUUGGGAAUGCAUUCGCGUGUCCGAUUGCUGUCACACACCACUAAGAGGGACUGGAGCUGCCGCAGACCCAGCCCUUUUCCUGCUGUUGGUGGCCAUUUACUGACUCUCUUCCCACCACGAGCACUGAUUUUAAAUAUGUUUUAGUUGUGGGAAGCUCCUUGUUUUGUGUGGAUAAAGAGUACAUGGCAAUGACCAGACGGGCUCUCACCGGGGUGGAAGCAGCCCAAGCUCGAAACCAAAACCUUCGUGCUCUCGAGUCCCAGUGCAGCCCGUUCUGCCCUGCAGAAAUGCAGCCUUUUCCCAUUAUUUUAUGCACAGGUUAGGGCUGAUCAAAGUACAAAUCCAAUUCUAACUUGUCUCUAACUCCUCCUGUUGUCUAUAUGUAUAUGCGUGAGCAUAGAGGUGCGUGGAAGGAUGUGUGUGCGUGGGUGUGUGCGUGCAAUUUUAUACGUCUGUGUAUUUUCUUACGUACUUGUGCACACAUAGAGUGCAUUACUGCCACCUUUUUUCAAUAAGCUGUUUUAUCAGUUAUGGCUUCUACAAGUUUGCUAAUUUAGACUCCUUUAUUGCCAUAUCUUUAAAACUAACAAUAGAUGAUUUCGGAAUAUAUAUAUAUAUAUAAAUAUAUAUAUAUAUAAUUUUUUUUUGCUUAUUUAUAGGUGCUGUAUUUUAUUAUCUGAUUGUUAGGAAGGGAUGAAAGGGGGCAAAUAUUCUUUAGAGGGAUAGACUGCCGGCAGUAUUGGGUAUAAUUUACAAGAUGUAGUUGUCAUACUGUAUAUUAUUGAUUGAAGACUUUUUUGACCGUAUUGUGUAUCAUUGAACUUUUGUCUUAGGUCAGCAUCUUUUUGAUGACACUUUAAUGGUGCAUUCAUUA